CCCCGCCGAAUAGUAGCAAUAUUAUUUUUGCGUUGCUUUUCAUUGCUCACGUUUCUCGUUGAAUGUAAAUGCAAGUACAAGUGCGCUGUGCUGUUUUUCCUUUUUGUUUGUAGUGAUUCUCUUGAAUACGUAAUUCUAGAGUUUAAAGAUUGUACUUUCAACUUUCUCGUGCUAAAGUGAGCUAAUUUCCAUAGCUAACAUCUACCUUUAACAUAACGUCAAUUACCUACUUGGUAUUUGCUAAGCUAAUGUUCACAGGUUUGAAAGUGUAGCUAUUUCAAAUCACUGGAUUAGUCGAGAUAUAAUGUUGAUUUUGCAUUAAUCUAUGAUUUAUAUGUUGGGUAGAUAUAGUUAGUAAUGGAGUAGUUCUCUCCUAGUGCAGUAGAAUCAUAGUGGAUACUGGAUAAUCCUGAUUCGCAAUCCACUUGUCAUCGCAGUGUUGCUUUAUGUUUUAACACAUUCACAGUGUUUUAUCGUUUGGUGUAUUUUUAGAACGCGACUCGUAUUGAGUGUGAUGUCUUUGUAAACACUAAAUGACUGUAAAUACUUGUGCUGUUUAUUAUGAUUUUAAAUUGAUGAGUGCAUAUUUUUUUGCUAAAAAGUUUUACUAAUGUGAUGAAUGUAACUUAUCUCUUAUGAAGUGCAAAGUUUUCAAAAACAAUAACUUCAUAUUUAUGGUGUCAGAGCCGCGGUGAAGGCGACGGCAUGUGGCACGGCGCGCGGGUGAUCUUACUCGCGGCGCUGGGCUUACUGGCCGGGCCUUCCGUCGCCGAACUCGACAAGAAAUUCAACAUUACCAUCGGCUAUCUACCUUCUAUAAAGGGCGAGCUCCGAGAUAGACAGGGCCUAGCCAUCUCAGGCGCUCUGUCUAUGGCCCUUGAGGAUGUGAAUAAUAGCACAAAACUCUUGCCCGAUGUAAAGUUAUUGCUUAAGUGGAAUGACACGCGGUGUGAUACGGUGACUGCGACAAGGAUGCUCACUGACAUGACCUGCUCCGGCGUCGUUGCCUUCUUCGGCCCGGAGGGGCGCUGUCACACCGAGGCUAUCGUUGCCAUGUCCAGGAACCUGCCAAUGAUCUCAUACAAAUGUUCUGAUUACCAAACCUCCAUGUUAUCAAACUUUGCGAGAUUGGAGCCACCUGACACACAAGCAACGAAAUCUGUAAUAGCGCUUCUGAGGUACUACAGAUGGACUAAGUUUUCAAUAGUUUACGAGGAGUCUUGGGUGACGGUAGCACUGACGCUCGAAAACCACGCAAAGAAGAAUAAUUUAACGGUGAAUCAUCAGCGGCCAGUCAUCGACGGGUUCAAGUGCUGCGAAGAGAAAAUGACAUGUUGUGCGCCUGGGUUCUGGUAUCAAUUUAUACAGGAGACCAAAAAUAGAACCAGAAUAUACGUCUUUUUGGGUUCAACUGCUGGCUUAAUAGAUAUGAUGACAGCCAUGGAGUCGUUGCAAUUGUUUGCAAAAGGGGAAUAUAUGGUUAUCUUCGUGGACAUGAUGACAUAUGCCCCUAAAGAAUCACUGAAAUAUUUAAUUAAAACGGAGGACCGCGGUACGACGCUGGUAUGCCCGAAGACUAACUGGGAGAUGCCGUUCAAGAAGCGCGCUCAGUCGCUGCUGGUGGUCGUGUCGUCGGAGCCAGAAGGCAGCUACGAGGUGUUCACGGGCCGCGUACGUGACUACAACAGCAUGAAGCCGUUUGAGUUCCCGGUGCCCGCGCUCUUUGAAAAGAGCUUCAAUAAGUUUGUUUCAAUCUAUGCAGCGUAUUUGUAUGACUCUGUCAAACUGUAUGCGACUGCACUACACAAGCUUAUAGAAGAGGAGACGACCUACAAGAACGAAACUCUCGACUACAAGAAACUAAUGAGCAUCGCCUCUAAUGGAACUCUAAUUGUCUCGAAAAUGAUACAUAUUACUCCUUUUAAAAGUGUGGCGGGGAUGUCUAUCCGUCUGGAUGAGCGAGCCGACUCCGAGGGUAAUUUCUCUGUGCUUGCUUUCAAGAACUACACCAUUGAAGAUAUUAAGUGCAACGCUAGUAUGGUCGCCGUUGGACACUUCCAACAGAGUGGCAAAGAAUUUCCUGAGUAUAAGUUGAAUCCUCACGUCCCAAUCGACUGGCCCGAUGGGGUGAAACCAGAAGCGGAACCCUCGUGUGGUUUCCUCAAUGAGAAAUGUCCGAAAGACGACUCGCAGAUAACUUCGCUCGUAGUGGCAGGCACAUUAGCUGUGACAUUGUUUUGCGCCCUCGUUGUGACCAUUAGCAUUUAUAGGAAAUGGAAAAUAGAGCAGGAAAUAGAAGGAUUGCUAUGGAAGAUCGAUCCUCAGGAAAUUGCUGGAUAUUUGGGCAGUGGUCUUGUCUGGUCGCCUAGUAAGUUAAGUUUAGCAAGUGGAAUAUCCUGUGAAAGCAAAUGUUGCACUCAAAUAUUUACUACAACAGCUCAAUAUAGGGGGAAUGUUGUAAGAAUAAAAGAAUUGAAGUUUUCGAAAAAAAAGGAUAUCCCCCGGGAGGUGAUGAAAGAAAUGCGUCUACUACGUGAGUUGCGGCAUGAUAACCUCAACUCGUUCAUCGGCGCCGUCGUUGAGCCAUUGCGUGUGUUGCUCAUCACCGACUACUGUGCCAAAGGAAGUUUGUAUGAUAUAAUUGAAAAUGAGGAUAUAAAGUUAGAUCAAAUGUUUAUAUCUUCGCUUGUACAUGAUCUCAUUAAGGGUAUGAUUUUUAUUCAUACAUCGCCAUUAAUUUAUCACGGAAAUCUCAAAUCCUCGAAUUGUGUGGUAACAUCGCGGUGGAUGCUUCAGGUUACCGAUUUUGGUCUCCACGAUUUAAGAUGUUGUGCUGAAAAUGAUUUUAUAGGGGAGCAUCAAUACUAUAGAGGUUUACUAUGGAAGUCACCUGAGCUCCUAAGGCAUCUAGAUGAUCCCAACGGAUUUGUUGGGGGAACGCAGAAAGGCGAUAUUUAUGCGUUCGGUAUCAUACUCUACGAAAUUAUAGCCAGACGCGGACCUUUCGGUUUGGCCACUGAACCCAAAGACAUAGUGGAGAGAGUUAAGCGCGGUGCUCGCGCGGGGGCCGAGAGUGAGGAACUCCUGCGGCCCGACAUCCGCGCACUAGAGGGCGUGGUGGACGAGUACGCACUGAGUGUCAUGCGUGAUUGCUGGGCUGAGGACCCCGCGGUGCGGCCCGACUUCCCCACCAUACGCAGCAGGCUAAAGAAGUUGAAGUCCGGCAAGUCAAGAAAUAUUAUGGACCAAAUGAUGGAUAUGAUGGAGAAAUACGCUAAUAAUUUAGAAGAACUAGUCACCGAGAGAACUAGGCUGUUAAUCGAAGAGAAACAGAAGACGGAAGAUUUACUACAUAGAAUGCUACCGAAGUCAGUUGCUCGAAGGUUGACGACCGGGGAGGGUGUGGAGCCGGAAUCGUUCGACUCUGUAACGAUCUACUUCAGCGAUAUUGUUGGCUUCACGGCUAUGUCCGCGGAAAGCACGCCGUUGCAAGUGGUCAACUUUCUUAACGAUCUGUACACUGUCUUCGAUAGGAUAAUAAGGGGCUAUGACGUGUACAAAGUAGAGACUAUCGGUGAUGCAUACAUGGUGGUAUCCGGCCUACCAAUAAGGAACAACGACAGGCACGUUGGCGAAAUAGCGUCGAUGGCGCUGGAACUGCUAAACGCUGUCAAGAGUCACAAAAUAUCUCACAGGCCUAAUGAGAUACUGAAACUAAGGAUAGGAAUUCACACAGGGGCGGUGGUCGCGGGAGUGGUAGGUCUCACGAUGCCGCGUUACUGUCUGUUCGGCGAUACCGUGAACACCGCGUCACGAAUGGAAUCCAACGGGGAACCACUGCGGAUCCAUAUUUCGCCUAGUUGUAAACAGGCGUUGGAUAAGCUGGGCGGAUACGUCGUUGAACCCCGAGGCACCAUUCCGAUCAAGGGAAAGGGCCAGCUUCAAACAUAUUGGCUGGUUGGUGCGACUGAGAAAGCGAUACAAAAAAGGCCGGUAGAGGGAGAGGAGCGGCCACUAUUCUGUCGGCCGCGACGAAGUCCCAGAUUGACUGAUUCCAGACAUCCAUCAAUCUCAGAGCUGAAGAGCGAGGGCCGCUCGGGCAGCGGUAGCGGCGGUAUCCGGCAGCGCCUUCACAGCGGUGCCUCACUGCCCGCGCCCGCAUCGCCAUUGGCCCGCCGCGCCCCGCAUGUUACACACACCAGACGUGCGCUGAGCUCGAUUGCGUCGUCAACGGCGUGCGAGGGCAUGGGCGGCGGCGUGGGCUCGUGCAUGGGCGCAGGCAUGGGCGAAUGCGCGGGCGUGGGCGAUGCGGAGUGUUGCGCGCUGCGGCCCGCGCGCUCGUUGGACACGCUGGGUGCGCGCGCUCGCCUACGUCGCCAGAACACGACGCGCUCGCUGGACGCGGACGUGGUCAUCGCCACCGUCUCGUCCACGCUGUUCAACGGCACUGCGCUGUCACCGCCCGACGACCCGCCGCGCAACGACGAAGACAGCCCGCUGCUGCGCAAGGCGAGCCUCUGCAACAAGCUCGACCGCCCCAAGCGCAAAGUGCCCGACUCAGACUACAUUGAGUUCUACAAGAAGUGGCGCUCGCUGGAGAACGUCGCGGACGCUAAGGGCGGCGCCAAGAUGCCGCGGUUCGCGAUCCGCUCGUGGUUGCUCGGCAUCUUCGGCGGUAGCGCGCGUAGCACUUCGUCGUCGCUGCGCCGUGCACCGCACUUGCUCGACCGCGAGUCCGCUGUGUGAAGGCCCUGCGCCCGUGUGUUUUGCGAUAACGUCGCUUAGCUAACAAUACAGCGCAACUGAAAUCACCAAGGCCUUCAGGACUCACAAAAAAACACUCAUCAUAUCGUGCUUACUUAGUCUAACGGACCAACAAUUAAUAAAUUGUACUUUAUCAAGUUUAUUUUUUCGUAUUUUCGCAGAUAAAUGUGUUGAUACAUUGAAAUUUACCAUAAUACCUAUAUUAAAUUUCAAUUUUGAUUGAAACAGCAUAGAAAUAGGACUUUUACUGUAAAAUUUGUGUUUUGUUAUUUAUGCUAAGUUAUUGGUAUUGCUGAGAUUAUACAGAAAUCUAAUCCAUACUAAUUUUAUAAAUGUAAAAGUGUGUGUGCUGUUUAUUUGUUACGUUCAUUUGUUAAGUUUGGCAGCUUGAAUCCUGGAGACGGAGACAUAGGACUUUUAUCCCGGGCUAAUAAAGCGUCCUAUGGGAUUCCUAAUAAUAUUUAUUUUGUCGUAUAUUUUAACUAUUCUUGGCUGAACAAAUCAUAACAUAAAGAGACUUUUAAAUUUGGGAAAUAACGGUUGGGCUACAUACUACGAUAUAUGCAGGCGCAGAAGCGGGCACUUCCAUUAGGUAAUAAACCCAUCAAUAUUAUAAUAUAAGAAAACCGUUUAAUUACACACAGGCUCAUUAUAUGACUUUUUCAUGUAAUGACAAGAGAGCGGUUUAUUGUAUCUCCUAAAAAUUAUGCUAGUUUGACUUACGCGGUAUUGUAAGCUAAGCGUCGAUAUAUGUAUAUGAAAUGCUCUUGUAAAUAAUAAGUGUAAGUAAAACGAUGUUACCGUCAAUUGUGAAAUAAGAGUUUAAUGUUAUUAAAUAAUUUCUAUUGAA